CAAGCAAUCUUGGCUUGCCUCAAGCCGCCGCGCUCGCAGAGCGUGUGCGUGCCGGAAGAGGCCAUGAGAGGCAGAGCCGCUCACACGGCCUUCCUCUUCACGGAGGCCCCUGUGGAUGCUGCCUUUCUGGAGCACCCGCAGGCCGGCGGGAGCCGCCCGAGCCUUCCGCCAGACGCCAUCCCAGCAGACGCGCUGCCGCUGAAAUACGAGGACCACGCGGACCACUUGAGCCAUGGGCCACGUCUCGACUCCUCCUUCGGUGACCUCAUGACUAGCUUGCAGCACGCCUCUGGCACCGCCCUGGGCGGGGGAUUUGCCAGCGGGGCCAAUAUGCUCUUCGGCGUGUCGGUCAUCGGGCUGUUGAUCGCGCAGGGCAUGCGCUCAACGGUACGGCAGUACAUCCCGGCGAAGCAGCCAGAGUUGGUGUCCUCGCCCUUACUCGCGACGGAGGAGGAGGAUGCCUCACCCCUACUCGCGACAAUAAAGGAGGAGGAGGACGAGGAUGAGGAGGCGCAGGAGGACGCUGAGACCGCUGCCUGCGCCUGCGCAUGCUGAAGGGCUGCGUAGCCUGUCUCACCCAACAGGGCCGACGGAGCACGGCGUU